CCACCAGGGGCCCAUGCCCUCCCGGCGGAGCCAGGGGCGAGCUGCGCCCGCCGCCCACUGACGGGCCCCUCCCUGGGCAGGACCAUGGUGAGGGCUCCCAGCCCUGGGCUGGACACCUGAGCAUCGCCUGCCCUCAUGAUGAACACAGCCUACAUCGUGCUGGAGCUGAUCAUCGCUGUGCUCUCCAUCGCCGGCAACGUCCUGGUGUGCUGGGCCGUGGCCAUCAACAGCACCCUGAAGAACGCCACCAACUACAUCCUGGUGUCGCUGGCCGUGGCCGACAUCGCCGUGGGCUUGCUGGCCAUCCCCUUCGCCAUCACCAUCAGCAUUGGCCUCGAGACGGAUUUCCACAGCUGCCUCUUCUUCGCCUGCUUCGUGCUGGUGCUGACCCAGAGCUCCAUCUUCAGCCUGCUGGCCGUGGCCAUCGACAGGUACCUGGCCAUCAAGAUCCCGCUCAGAUACAAGAGCCUGGUGACUGGGAAACGGGCACGAUGGCUCAUUGCCGUUCUCUGGCUCCUGUCCUUUGGGAUUGGACUGACCCCCCUGAUGGGCUGGAACAGAGCCCCUGAUGAGCGGAACAGUCCCUGCCACAAUUCUACGAACAGCUCGGCGCAGCAGCAGGGCUGCUUAAUAAAAUGUCUCUUUGAGAAUGUGGUCACCAUGAGCUACAUGGUCUAUUUCAACUUCUUCGGCUGUGUGCUCCUCCCCCUCUUCAUCAUGUUGGGCAUCUACAUCAAGAUAUUCAUGGUGGCCUGCAAGCAGCUGCGGAAGAUGGAGUUGACGGGUAACUCCAGGACUACGCUCCAGAAGGAGGUCAAUGCGGCCAAGUCUCUGGCCAUCAUCGUUGGGCUCUUUGCCUUCUGCUGGCUGCCCCUGCACAUCCUGAACUGCAUCACCUACUUCCACCAGGACUUUGCCCACAGCAAGCCCGACUGGGUGAUGUACAUGGCUAUCAUCCUGUCCCACGCCAACUCCGUCAUCAACCCCAUUAUCUACGCCUACAAGAUCAGGGACUUCCGCUGCACCUUCCGCAAGAUCCUCACCAAGUACAUCCUCUGCAGGAUGGAGGACGUCCCCAAGGGCUCCAAUGGCAAUAUCCGGCACCUGACUGUCAGCAACCUCAGCUCUGCGCCUGUAUUUAUCUGACCAUGCCUGUCAUCCUGCAGCCUGGCCCUGCCCAACCCAACCCUCCCACCCCUUGUGCCUAUGUGGACAGUGGACCAGGAUUCUGAUGAGUCACACUAUAUAAUGUACAGCUGUAUUUUUUUAAAAUUUUUUAUUUUAACAUAGUGCCUCAUUGGGGAAUAACAUGUCUGGGGAGACAAUGCCCUGCUUACCCUAUCCCCUGACCUUCGAGUUACGGGGUGCUGGUGAUUACAUUUCCUUGUAGGUCAAAGGGUGGAAGCCCUAUGUCCUGGGGUGGGUUUCCCCAGCUGUGCUUCUCAUGUCAGUUCUUGGCCUUUUGGAUUUUAUUUAUUUAAUUUUUUUGGCUCACUCAGAAGGAUGGUUGUGUCGUUGGUUCGUGAUGUACGUGAUGCCACUUUCGUAAAUACUCUAUUUUUUCCAUCAAUUGUUUGAUGCAGGUAGUAUUCUCCAAUGGGAAAUAAUCUUCUGUAGCCCACAUGCUGGUGUAAAACUGAAGCCAUGACCUAGAGGCAGAGGGGAUGGGCUGGUGUUAAUGGGAAAACAAGGCAGUUAAAUCGAGAUCUGGCCUCAUUCCUAAAAGGCUGCCCUGCUCGAAGUCCGAUAAUCGAAAGGAGACAGAGCAGCCUCAAGAUCCUGUGCUCACCCCCUUCCCGAAAGCUGACUGCCCCCCGUGCUCCAUGGAGGCUGGUAGCCUCGCUCCAGCAGUGAACACCUGCUGCUCUUCCAAAAAGCCAAAACCUGCUCCUAUUUACAUUGAGGCUGCUUCAGUGGCCACUGCCGUCAAUGAAAAGAUUCCCCUGAUUCAUGGGCUUUGGGUCAGAUCCCUAGGGCCUGGGCCUGUUACCCCUGAAGUCAAGGGCAAAGCUCACACUGCCUUCAAGAGGUAGGACCCAAGUGUGCGCUGUUCUGUGCACUCAGGUGCUGCUGCUCCUGUUGGCCUUACCCCUAACUGCUGUUCUGAUAACUGUCACCCCAAGGCCAGGCUGCCUUCCCGGGACACUGGGGUGAGCUCAGGAUCUUGAGAAGUCUUUCUCCGAGCUCGGGCAAGGGGGUUCUGUCUGUUUAUCGGAAGGUGCUGGAUGGGAUUUAAUUGGCCUGUGAUGUUAGAAUGCUAUCGUGCAAGCAACAGACCCAUGGCACAGCCCAGCCCUCU